GAUAUGUUCGUUCGGUGACGCCUCGCUUAUUGAAAAAUUUACGUCAUUCCGGAGAAAUAAAAAAUCGAAUUUAACAUAGUGAGACAGUUCGCGCACGUGUUUUUAUUUGAAAUAUUUUAUUAUGCCAAGUGAAAUGUCUGCAAUCACAUCUGAGGGACAACCCUUUCAGCUGCAAUUCCCAAAGUUGUAUGCUGCAAUACAACUGUUUGUACAAGUUGCUUGUGGCAAUGUGAGUGAAAUUAGGUCAAAAUUAAUGGAGGAAACAGAAUGUGUCCACAUGCAGUUAAAUGGUGAAUCUUUAUUGCACAUGGCUUGUGAACACGAACAUGUGGAAUUGGUGCAGCUUUUGUGCGAAAAUUGGGCCACAGUUGACGCACAAAACUGGUUUGGAGAAACACCACUCCGGAUUGCAGUGUCCUCUGGAAAUUGUAGUAUAGUCAAGGUUCUGCUGAAUAAUGGAGCUGAUCCAGAGGGGUGUUUCAAAAUGGCUAUUGAAAACGAAGACAGAAAUAUGGCUCUCCUUCUUUAUAACCACGGCACUAUCUUCGACAUUUGCCAAUCACGGUGUUCGAAUUCGCAAUUAUUAGAGGAAUUUUUUGAAAUAAUGCUUAGUGAAGGUAAAAUAAACGUUAACGACACUAUUGAAGCUGAAUUUAAUUUCAAUUGGUUAACCUAUGAGAGAAGCGUCCAGCCACUGCAUGCAGCAGUCUUUGCUGGGCACUUCAAUCUAGUGAAGAAACUAGUUAACCUAGGAGCAAACGUUAACAAGGAAUUGGAAUCGAGGCGAACCCCUUUGCACUUAGCACUAAUGAGUUCAAGGAAUGAAUUCAAAUCAAAUAUCGCUAAAAUUCUCCUUGAUUGUGGAGCUGAUGUUAAUGCUGUAGAUUACGAGGAUUAUACACCAAUAUUCUAUGCAGAAACUGAUACACUGUUGGAAAUACUUAUAGUUAGAGGAGCGAAUCUGAACCACUAUUCACAUAUUAAUGACUGCACUCCUCUUUCAUACAUGAUUUCGAAACGUUUAUCUGAAUGCGUAGACGUUCUGUUGUGGCAUGGAGCCGACGUAAAUAAGAGAGACUCUGAUGAACGUGCCAUUCUAGAGAGAAAUCUAUGUUGGAUCUACGAUCAAAAUCCUUGUUUGAUGGAAUCACUCAUCCAUAGCACAAAAGAUUUACAGCUUGCAAUCAGUCGUUAUGGACACUACAAUUUCGAAGAAGAAUUUAAUGAUGAGAUUGAAAAUAGUAUUCAAAAAUUUUCUGUAAUGGUUGCAAAAAGAGCAGUUUUGGACAAUAUAAGCAUCCAUUUAGAAAGUUUAGAUCCACUUAAUAGUGAAGACUCUGCGUAUCACUUUUUUUGCACAACAUUCCGUAUUUGCGAAAAUGAACUUCUCCAAAUGAAGGAGACGAAAAGCAAAAUUCUUAAUUUCAGUCUCUUUGAUAUCUUGUGUAUGCCAAUAAAUAAACUUUUGAAUUAUACGAAUAAUAAGAACCUGAAAAAUUUGAAGUCAGACAGUAUGAAACAACAGUUUCCUUUUUACGCUGAAAUUUUGCAAAGACACAUUGCGAUUGCAAGGAAACGGAGGAACUUAAUUGAAACGAAUAUAAAAGCUUUCCAAAAAGUACUCGUUGAUAAGAAAAAUAUACGUUUGUCACAUAAUGUUCUUUUCUCUAUUAUGCAAUUUUUAAGCAGCACGAGUCUAACUUCUUUGAAAAACAGCCUUGUUUAAUUUGUUGUAUUUCAUUGUCUUACCAUGUCGGACUCUAGUCGAAAUGAAGUCAUUUAAAACUAAGCGGCUUGAUGUUCUCUACGGGCAAAAAUUGGAGGCAAAAAUUCAAGGACGAAAGGUGUGAUGAACAAACCUGGAACACUUUUAAAUGCUAUUUCUUGUCUAAGAUCAUGUCAUUAAUCAUCGUACAAAAAGGUACUAUCAACGGAUACUGGUCACCACAGAAGGACCCUUGCUGGCGGAUGAAUUCCCAAAAUUUGAAGUCAAAGAUGAACCCUUCAAGUCGAAAAACUAGUAGCUAGGGCAUUUUAGAUGUCGGAAUUUCGAAAAACCAAUUUCCGAAAGAACACAUCUAGUAAAUUUGACACUUCUCCAGAAGGGACGCGAACUGUCAAGAAAGAAGUUCGAGAAUAACUUCAGGAUAAAGUAAUUUAUACCAAAAAUUUCAGAAUACGUGAGGACCGCAGCCUUCCAGGUUAAUAAUGCUCACGUUUAUAAAGAGGAGCACCACCCACGCACAGUUCUUCUCAUCCAUAUCACGUCGGUUCAUCAGCUGUAAACUCUGGCAGCAAAUAUAUGUCCGCCAUGAUGUCAACACAUUGACCAAAGCAAACAAUAAUAGUAUUGAACUCUUAUUGUGAUAAGUGUGCUUUUUUCACUUUUUUUAAAAUGAUAGUUAUUUUCAUUAUAUUGUUACACCGAAAAAAGGUUGUCAAUGUCUUUUAAUAAUUAGCCGAAUUGAUUUUAGAGAAUUCGGUGUUUCUUUAUUAAUUCAAGUUUUGAUACAAGUGUGCAAACGUAGAUAUAGAUUAGAACUGACGAAGGGCCACAUGCUGGUCCUAUUUAUACUCUAAUAGAAGUAGGUCAGCUCAACCGAAAAGGAAAGGCAAAUGGGGAACGGGGUCCAAGUUAAAUGCGUAACACUCCCCUUUUCAGAUAAGGUUUAGUCCUCUAAAGCUAUUUUAAAUUUUUUAGGCUCAAUCGGUUCCAUUAAGUUCACUAAAGGUUGAGCAGAGGCAGUAUAAGUUACAAUUUGUGGAGUAAUAUGGUUUU